CGGAGUUCUUCAGUUUAACGUGAUUAACGCGUUUUAAGUGUUUUUAGUGUUUCCCGUUGAGCUCAGACUGAGACAGGAACACUUGUACAUCCGGUAGGUUAAUGUAUCUGGCUCGCGUCUCUACCGGAGAUCUGUCGGUGUCUCAUGGAGGGAGCUGACCGGAGAGUCCUGAAGAACCAACCGUACGACGAGAGUCUAGAGGUGCUGGACUCCGAGGAGGUGGCGAGCAUCUGCAGUCCGGUAACCAGUCAGCGUCAGAUAACCCCGUCCAGAUCCAGGAGGAGGGGGCGGGGCCUGAUGUCGGCCAAUAGCAGCAGCGACGAGUUCGACGACGAGAAACCUCAGCGGGCGGCGGAGCCAGUCAACGGGCAGCCGGGGGGCAGCCCCAACGAGGAAGAGGAGGAGGAGGAGGAAGAGGAGGACGAUGAUGAGGAGGAUGACUCUGAUGAAGACGACACGGAGGACGAAGGCGAGGCGGUGGAAGGAGCGUACGACCCGGCCGACUACGCCAACCUGCCCGUCAGCACCGAGAUCAAAGAGAUGUUCCAGUACAUCACACGUUACACUCCUCAGACGAUGGAGCUGGAUCACAGCCUGAAGCCGUUCAUCCCAGACUUCAUCCCCGCUGUGGGCGACAUCGACGCCUUCCUCAAGGUGCCGAGGCCGGAUGGGAAAACAGACAGUCUGGGUCUGCUGGUUCUGGACGAGCCCAGCGUGAAGCAGUCGGACCCCACGGUGCUGUCGCUGUGGCUGUCAGAGGAGUGUAAACAGCACGGAGCCGCAGAGCUGAAGAAGGUGACGAGCGUGGCGAGUCCUCAUCUGAACCCUCGAGCGUUGGACAGCUGGGUGGAGAGCAUCAGCGCUCUGCACCGCUCCAAACCUCCGGCCAGCGUGCAGUACGUGCGUUCGAUGCCCGACAUCGACAGCCUGAUGCAGGAGUGGCCGGCGGAGCUGGAGGAGCUGCUGGGCCGCCUGCAGCUCCCCCCCGCCCGCCUCCACUGCUCCCUGCAGGAGUACUGUGACUCCAUCUGCAGCCUGCUGGACAUCCCCGUCUACUCCUCCAGGGUCCAGAGUCUGCACCUCCUCUUCAACCUCUACCUGGAGUUCAGAGACUCCCAGCACUUCACACGCACACUCUAGACACACACACACUCAGAGAUACACACACACACA